AGCGGUGGCGAUUAAGAUGGAAAUUAAGGCGUUCUGAACGCACGCCUACGUAUGCGCACGCCGGUGCCGCCCCAGUCAUUUUACCCUCGUUCUCCCCUUACCGUCACCCUUCUACUUCGGACCGCUUGUUUGCGAUUUGUUGUCACCCUGAAUUCUUACACUGUGACAGCCAUGUUGUAGAACUUUUACGUCCUCCAUGACUCCAUGCUUCGAUCUCAGGUUGCGCUUAGAUCCGGAGGAAUCCGAAGUCGGCGCGCUCGUCUACGACGCUUCCCUUUACUCCUUUGAAGCGUAAAAAUCGCAACUUUGGCCAACACACGUCAGACCUAUUCAAUUGCUUGAAAUGGAUUCUGGGAUAAAUUUGCCGAACCCAGGCAACUAUCCUGGUGGAGAUCGUCAACAAUUCUGUGUUUCAUGGAACUCCCAUCAGUCGAACAUGCACAAUGCCUUUCCAAAGCUGUUGAGUUCAGAGCAAUUCGUCGACGUUACUUUAGCUUGCGAUGGUGGUUCGAUAAAAUGCCACAAGGUGGUACUCUCAGCUUGUAGUGAUUAUUUAGAGCGUUUACUGCUCGAUAUUCCAUGUACCCAUCCAAUAAUAUUUUUGAGAGACAUGCGAAUGUGGGAACUUCAAGCAUUGGUAGAGUUUAUGUACCGAGGGGAGGUUUAUGUUGAGCAACAACAACUUGCUAGGUUAAUGCAAGCCGCAGAUGCUUUACAGGUUCGCGGCUUGUCGACUCAAGGGAGAGAACAGACACAGCCUGAAAAUAAUCUCCAACCAUCAAGUAGUCCUACAGAGACACCAAUUUCAUCCACAAAAGCUGCUGCACAAGGUGUCAAGACUGAAGAUAUGCGACCCAGUGAUGCAAGUAAUGCCAGCUCUCUCGAAUGUCCGACUUCUGUAACACCUACUCCAACUAAUAAUCCGUCAGUCGCUGAAGGAACGACGACUACUGAUGUUUCACAAAGUUCAAACUCGUCUAAUUUUAUGAACAUGGAACAUACCGAAGCAUUGCAGCAUCUAGAGAAAGCUCUUUGUGCCUGCGAAGCAACUCUUACGGAGACACAAGGGAUGGUUAAAAUGGAACCGGAUGAACAAUUUUCUCAGCAACUAGAAACAAAGCCCUUUACGAUCAGCAUGGUACCCGCCAGUAAUUGUACUCCCAGCAGUCCAUUCCCACCCAUCGAAGGAUAUCAAAGACGACAACGGCGUUCGGAGCAAGAGUUGAAGCAGGCUUCGGAUAUGGUGGCGCGCGGCAUGACGUUUCAAGUGGCAUCAGAAAAAUAUAAAAUCCCAAUCAGUACAAUACGAUUCUACAUGGUUCGAAAAGGGAUCUUGCAGAGGCGAAAACGUGGACGUGGAUCGAGCAACGUCAACGUAUCCGGUCAACCAGACAGUCCUGCAAGCCCGCCAUUUCACAUGAUGAAUUAUCGCCUGCCUGAAAGCCUAAAUUCCAGCUUACCGUAGUCUUGUGCAAAAAUUAGUGAGUUCUAUACUUCCAGACCUCAGUUGAAACCGUAACAAUUGAGUGUCGAUGCGUUUAAGCUGUUUCGGGCCGAUUAUUUUCAAUGGUUUGAUCAACUCACCCUGAGUUACCAAUUCGUAGCUUCACCAGUUUCAGAUACCAGAUAGUGCUCCGAUGUCUCUCUCGAAGAAAACGUCACACUUGCAAGAUUUAAGUUAAUGAUGUAAACCGAUUUACCAAAACAUUUACGCUGCAUAUAUAUUUGUUCAUGAUAGAUGUGACCUAAGUCUCGAACAUCCCCACCCGUGUACAUAUAAAGUUCAUAUACUGUUAUUCAGACACAGCAUCGGGUAAUCAGUAUUGCACGAAACUAUGCUUUAAUUGAAUUGUGCCACGCUUCCUUAAUUAUAUAUAAUGAAACGGAAAAAUUCAGUGUUGCAUCAAAAAAUCCAACAACUUAAUUUCUUGUUUGACACAAGUACUCGUUAUUUAUAGUAAGUAUGCGUAAGUUGAAAACAAAAUGAUGGUGCUCUUGAAAGUCUUAAAUUAUAUGGAUUUCCACUAACAAAUGAAACAUUCGCUAACUUUCAUUAUUAUACUCUUAAGUUUUUCUUUGGUCUGCACGGGGCGGUCGAACGUUGUUUUGGUCCUGUCAAUGUCACGUAUGCAUACAUUGAACAAGUUCAUGAUUAAAUUGGUGAUCACAAAAGAAUAAGUACUAACUUCACUAUUGGCAGCGCUGAGCGACUUCGUAAGCACUUUGAGGACGUACUCCGUACUGAUCGGUUACAUACAUCACAUGUAUAAUAUUAGACAAAAUAUUGCAUUUAUUACUUCACUCCUUCGAUGAGUAAUCGUAUUUGCAUUUACCAAAUAAUUUAUUUCAUAUCUCAGUAUUUAAUUAUUUUGCCCGGAUCAUGUUAAGAGACUCGUAUCAGAAAACCGGUUGCACGAUAUUGAUUUCUUUAUGCUGUGAUCAAAAACAAUUAAUUCACGUUUCUUUUUUAACCAUAUUACAAUUUUUCACCAAAUACCGAUUCAAUUGAAGCGACUGACCGCUUAAACCACGAUUAUCUAAUUGCUUUUGUUUAUUUAUGUAGCUCUUUGAUCCAAUAGGAAAAAAAAUCAUUAAAUGUCUAUCACUUAAUCUGUUUGGAAGAAUCUCUUUUCAUUUAAUAAUCGUCAGUUAUUAUGCUUAUGAAUUGCAAAUGUAUACCCAUAAAAUGUCGACAAACGAUUGUCUGUAUAUUAAUUUUGACGCGUUACUUUACAAAGUAUAGUGUUCAUGUUUCUUAGCCUGAAAUAUCACUUGGCAAGGCGGGUUAUCUCGCUGUCGACGUUGAUACCUCGAUUUUACAGUGGGCAAAUAAUCGUCCCUUGCAAUUGAACGAUAACUUAGGAAAUGGCACUUAGCUUCCAGUUACGAUGAAUAUUUUUCUAGAAAAUUUUAUUAAGGAAAGUAAGUUCUUGCUAUCCGUAUUAAUUCAUACCCUGUACACUUUAAUGACACACAGCAGUGGAGCUGGAUUUGUUCAGAAUUUCACGUAAGCCAAGACAGGUAUGAUACGAGCAGAGAUGAGCGGGGA